GACUCCCCAAGCCCCCCCACCUGACCAGCAGCCCCAACGGCGCGCGAGCGACACCUACACCCUCACGUGGGAUACGGAGAGCUACUACCCCAUCACCGAGUUCCUCGUCAAGUACCGCAAGACACAGCUGGGCGCGCUGGCAGACCAACCACACGAUGGUGAUGGCGGGGUCGUGGCAGAGCAUCUCGGAGGCGGUCGACCCGGAAGCCGAGUUGAAGGAGGACUCGCGGCACUCGAUGGCCUACACACUCAAGGACCUGGAGGUGGCCACCGACUACGCCGCGCAGGUCCGCGUCAGAAACAAGUACGGCUGGUCGUCCGAGAGCGAGACCUUCACCUUCUCCACCAAAAAGGCCCUGGCGGUGCUGCAGUCGACCAGCACGGGCGGCGGGGCGAGAGGCCAGGCCGCCCUUGCCUCCGUCACCCUCCUGCUGGCUGCCCUCGCGACGCUGAUGUAGGUUCGCUCUGAGGCCCGGCGCACCGGAGGCCCUGCUGCGCCACUUACAAAGGAGCUUUCCGACUUAUACUGACGCUCACACUUACAUUGAAGCUGACCAACUUACGUUGGAUAUUACACACUAAAAAUGAAGCUUUCACACACAUUCCUAAACUACUACUCCGGUAUUUUUUUUUUUUUUUUAAGAAUAGGGACGUGUCUCUGCAUAACUUUGUGUACACUUUCAGUACUAAUGUGGACACUUACGUUCACCUGUGUAAGCUGAAAUAACUGCAUGUAGAAAUCCAUCAAGAAAGUAUAAUGACUUACACAUACACGUCGAAGUUUACAAGGAUAUUUUGGAAUGACUGUAGACUGUAACAUUAACAAAUUCAUUUUUUUAAUGAAAUUUUGAAAGAAUAAAAAACUGCAGAAGAUAAGUUGAUCAUGAAAUAAAAACUUCCCCUCGUUCUUGAAGUGCGACCAGUCUCACCGAUGUGCAAAUAUAUUUUAUAAGAUUCCAGGCAAAUCCUGGAGACAAACAAACGAACGAGAAGAAAUAUCCGAAUAUUGACAUCGGAUUGUCAAAAGAUCCCUUCGUGCCCUUCACGUUCAACUCUGGUCAU